CUUACAGAAAUAAUCUCUUUGCACAUCUAUUUUUAUGUACUGUUGGGCAUAUCGCUUUUUUCCCUUUGUGUGGCCAUCUUUCCAUAUGAGUUCCUACAGAUUUUUUAAACAGCCUUAUUGAGGUAUAAUUUAUAUACCACAAAAUUCAUUCAUUUUAAUUCAAUUAAUUCUAGCAAACUUAAGAGUUGUGUAACCAUCUCCACAAUUCUGUUUUAGAACAUUCUUCUCACCCCAAAAAGGAUUACUUGGACCCAUUUAUAGUCACUUCAGUUACAAAAUCACUCAUCUGCUGGGCGCUGGUGGCUGACGCCUGUAAUUUUAACUACUUGGAAGGCUGAGAUACAAAGGAUCAAGGUUUGAGGGCAGCUGGAGCAAACAGUUCUCAAGACCCCAUUCCAGAAUAACCAGAGUAAAAUGGAGUGGAGGUGUGGCGCCAACGGUAGAGUGCCCGCUUUGCAAAGCUGAAAGUCCUGAUUUCAAACCUCUGUCCCACUAAAAAAAAGGAAGCAAAAAACUCCACUCCUCUACUUUCUGUCUCUAUGGAUUUGCCUCCCCGUAUAUACACUAUGUCAUUUUUACGUGGGUCUUCUUUGUGUCGUGUGAUGCUUUCAUAGUUCAUUCUUGUUGCAUUCCUUUAUUGCUGAAGAAUAUUCCAUUGAUUAUAUUGUAUAGACUACCACAUUAUGUUUAUAUUUACCAGUUAAUGGACAAGGGUCACAUCCAGUUUUCGUUAGUUAUGUAAUGCUGAUAUGAACAUGUGGACGUGCCUCAUUUCUUUACGUAAAAGUGGACUGGGGAUUUGCGUUUUUGUUUUUGUUUUGUUUUUCUGGUACUGGGGCUCAAACCCAGUGCCUUAUGCAUAGUAGGCAAGCUCUCCACCACUGGGCCACAUCCCUAGCCCUAGAUUUCAUUUCUCAGACUGUAUAGCACUUUGCUGCUUUGAUGUACCAUAUUUUGAGUCCUAUGCUGAUAAACAAUGACGUUGUUUCCACAUGUGACUUUUGUUACAUAAACAAAUCACAACCAUUACCAUUUACUGACAAAGACACAGAGGUCACCCUGAAAGCUAGAGACUCAAGAUCCAGUUUCCCAACUCCCAUCCGUACUGAACUACUCAGUCAACUCAAGUAUUCCUGUCCGCAGCCUUUUACCCUUAGGCUCCUGGAGUUUGAGCCGCCGGACGUCAUUUCGCACCUCCAACCAGCAGGGGACACUGUUGUCCUCUGGGUAGCAUAGGCUGGAUCUCCUUGUGUUCACUUUUCCCUGCGUCCCCACGGCACUUCCGGUUUUCACGGAACUUUGGUGCGGUCGGAUGCACAGCGUGGGGACUCAGGCGCGCAAGGCGGCAGGAGCUGCUUCCGCUUUCGUCAGUUGUCUGAAUUGUUCCGCGGCGAAGGGAACAUGGAGACAAUUCUGGAGCAGCAGCGGCGGUAUCACGAGGAGAAAGAGCGGCUCAUGGACGUCAUGGCUAAAGAGAUGCUCACUAAGAAGUCCACGCUCCGGGACCAGAUCAAUUCCGACCAUCGCACUCGAGCCAUGCAAGAUAGGUAUAUGGAGGUCAGUGGGAACCUGAGGGAUUUGUAUGAUGAUAAAGAUGGGUUACGAAAGGAGGAGCUCAAUGCCAUUUCAGGACCCAAUGAAUUUGCUGAAUUCUAUAAUAGACUCAAGCAAAUAAAGGAAUUCCAUCGGAAGCACCCAAAUGAGAUCUGUGUGCCAAUGUCAGUGGAAUUUGAGGAGCUCCUGAAGGCUCGAGAGAAUCCAAGUGAAGAGGCACAGAACUUGGUGGAGUUCACUGAUGAAGAAGGAUAUGGUCGUUACCUCGAUCUCCAUGACUGUUACCUCAAGUAUAUUAACCUGAAGGCGUCUGAAAAGCUGGAUUAUAUCACAUAUCUGUCUAUCUUUGACCAGUUAUUUGACAUUCCUAAAGAAAGGAAGAAUGCAGAGUAUAAGAGGUACCUAGAGAUGUUGCUUGAGUACCUUCAGGAUUACACAGAUAGAGUGAAGCCCCUUCAAGAUCAGAAUGAGCUUUUUGGAAAGAUUCAGAACGAGUUUGAGAAGAAAUGGGAGAAUGGUACCUUUCCUGGAUGGCCGAAAGAGACAAGCAGUGCCCUGACCCAUGCUGGAGCCCAUCUUGACCUUUCUGCAUUCUCUUCCUGGGAGGAGUUGGCCUCUCUGGGUCUGGACAGAUUGAAAUCUGCACUCUUAGCUUUAGGCCUGAAAUGUGGCGGGACACUAGAAGAGCGAGCCCAGAGGCUGUUCAGCACCAAAGGAAAGUCCCUGGAGUCACUUGACACCUCUCUGUUUGCCAAAAAUCCCAAAUCAAAGGGUACUAAGCGAGACACUGAGAGGAACAAAGACAUUGCUUUCCUAGAAGCCCAGAUCUAUGAAUAUGUGGAGAUUCUUGGGGAACAACGACAACUCACUCAUGAAAAUGUACAACGCAAGCAAGCCAGGACAGGAGAAGAACGAGAAGAGGAGGAAGAAGAACAGAUUAGUGAGAGCGAAAGUGAAGAUGAAGAAAAUGAGAUCAUUUAUAAUCCCAAAAACCUGCCCCUAGGCUGGGAUGGCAAACCCAUUCCCUACUGGCUGUAUAAGCUUCAUGGCCUAAAUAUCAACUACAACUGUGAGAUUUGUGGAAACUACACCUACCGAGGGCCUAAGGCCUUCCAGCGGCACUUUGCUGAAUGGCGUCAUGCUCAUGGCAUGAGGUGUUUGGGCAUCCCUAACACUGCCCACUUUGCUAAUGUGACACAGAUAGAAGAUGCUGUCUCCUUGUGGGCCAAGCUGAAACUGCAGAAGGCUUCAGAACGAUGGCAGCCUGAUACUGAGGAAGAGUAUGAAGACUCCAGUGGAAAUGUUGUGAACAAGAAGACCUAUGAGGAUCUGAAAAGACAAGGAUUGCUCUAGUGUUCAAGGAUGUAGCUCAGCUUUUGGGCUUGCCCAGAAUUCCCUGAGAUCUGCUUUUUCUAUUUCUCCCAACCAAAUGCUCUUAAAGACUCUUUUACUAUGUAGUCUUACAGUCAAGCAUGCAUCUUGUAGAAACAAGUCAUGCUGGCAGAUUGCAGGAUUGAGAUGUGUUUUAUCUUUGUUUUAUAUUAAAAAUGAUUCUGUGAGAAAAAAAAACAGCCCUUGUUCU